CCUGGGCAAGGCAGCAAACCAUCCAGAGAAGACUUAAAGUGAUCUGACACCCCCACUGCUCACUCCUGCUUCAGCCUCCUCCCUGCCCUGAGCCCCAGACUCACCAUCUUCUCCAUUCCUGUCCAUCAUUCUGUCAAACCUCUUCUCCUCCAGUCCCACAUCUCGGAGCUUAGGUCAUGGCGGUACCUAAUGCCAACAUGUUCCACUGGCAGAGCCUGGCACGACUGUCCAGCGGGCGUGUCUAUCACUCUCUGUCUGAGAGCGAUCAGUGGAUAAGUUUACCCCCAAUGCCUACGCCUCGUGCAGGGGCAGCCGUGGCAGUGCUUGGAAAGCAGAUCCUGGUGGUGGGAGGGGUGGGAGAGGACCAGAGCCCCCUUAAGKUGGUGGAGAUGUACAACACAGAGGAGGGCAGAUGGAGGAAGAGGAGCGCUCUGCGGGAAGCACUGAUGGGUGUAUCCAUCACAGUGAAAG